AUGGGCGAAGAUCCGUUGCCGUUGCCUGUAGGGACCCGCCCGCUGGACCAGACAAAGGAGAGGCGCAGCCGACGUGAUGAGCUGGUCUCGCUGGAGAAGAAGGGCGAGGACGGGCGGGGCCAUCCCCGUCUCGAACACCUGGACGCAUUAACCUUGAUUGCCUGCUUGCAGGGAGCGGCACCAGCUAGCGGCUUCCUGCGGACUCUGCGGUCGCAGGAGAUGGAGGCCUCGGCCCAGGCCAUGGGUUUGGAGCCCAUCGAGGAGAAGCCGCAGCCGCAGCCUGGCCAUGGCCCGGGCCAUGGCCCGGGCCGGCAUCUCGAGGAGGCCGAGGAGGCGGAGGAGGCGGAGGAGGCGGAGGACGUCGCGGCCUCCGCGAUGCGUCUAGUGGAUCCCGGCUCCAUGGCCUGUCUGGAGCAAGCUUCGAGCAGCACGGAGAUGCCCCCUGACGGUCUGCAGGAGAUGCGCAUUGCACGUGGGCUCUGUUACUUGCACGUGCUGUUGAUGCAGUGUCGACAAGCAGCCCACACGGCCAGCGGGGAGAAGCAGAAGAACGAGAACGGGAACGGAGCAAAUUUUCGAAAGGGCUGCCCACAAAACAAGUGGAAUGCUUGGACAGCCUUCUACCCACUGCGGUUUUUAUGCAUGACACAAGAUGACUUGGCAUCCAACAGGUCUGCAGCUGAUCUGGAUGCAGAGGAGCCUCUUGAGUUCUCCAUGCUGGACUACCUGGCAGAGCUGCCCGAGGGUGUUGCAGAAAAGCUUCAGCGUUGUUUGAAGACGCAUGAGGAGUUGGUGAGGAGAUUGUGUCAGAGGAACGAGCUCCUCCAGGCCCACGUCCGAAACAUUCGCUGUGAUGGCUUGGAGGCCAGAGUGUCUCCAAUGACGCCGCAGCAGUCGAAGAGUUUUCCUUUCUCUCCCAUGGCUCUGCCAAGAAAAUCGCCGCAGGCAGCGGCGGCAUUCAGCAGCCGCACGGUGCAGAGGGAACCAAGGCUGGUGAAGCCAAUCACAUCUAAAUCGGUCGCCGAACGUGGUUCUACGAACCAGGGCUGUUUGGCCGAGCACGAGGCGACCCUGAGAGCGAGGCUGCAGCGCACCAUCAAAGCCUCCAAAGAGCGAGUGCAGGUAAUGCAGAGGCGUGUGGAGCGCGAAGAGCAGCAGGUCAAGAAUCGUUUCGAGGUCGCCAUGCAGACCCGAGAAGGAAUGGAGCGCAGCAUCAAGGCUGCCCUUAGGGAGCACAGCUUGGCGAAAGUGCGAAUCGCCGAACUUGAGGAGGCGAUCAGCAUCGAUGCAGCUCGCUGUCGAGCCAGGGAGAAGGAGCGCGAAGAACUCUCUGAGAAACAGACAGGCCUUCGCAAUGAGCUGAAGGCGUGGAUAGCUUCAUGA